AUGGCGUUUCCAGACUCCGUGGACGCGAAACAAGUUGCAAAGGACCUGGUGAAGGUUUUCAAUGAACGCUUGUCAAUAGGAGAGUAUGGUGCUGUAGCCGGCCUGUUUUCCGAGAAUGGCUACUGGCGCGAUCAUCUCGCCCUGUCUUGGGAUCUUAGAACACUGAAGGGCCACAGCAAAAUCGCAGACUUUUUAGUCACCAACGGUGGCAAGCUACAGAGCAUCUCUCUAGACGACUCUACCCCUUGUCGGGUACCGAGUAUCUCCCAGCUUGACGCCCACGGAAAGUCCAAAUGCAUCCUAGUCUUCCUCAAGGUUGACACCGAUGUUGGCACCGGUCGGGGCAUUGCCAGGAUGAUCUACGAGAACGGUGCUUGGAAGAUCAUUGCGUUGUAUACCGCUCUCAGCGAGCUGAAGGGCUUCGAGGAACCAUUAGGUCCUCGUAGACCUUUUGGAGCCAGCCAUGGUGGUGGACGUGAGAUGAAGAACUGGCUAGAGCAGCGAACUUCAGAUGCAAACUUCGAAGAAAGUGAACCGGCUGUACUUAUACUAGGUGCCGGACAGGGUGGUCUCACAUCGGCUGCUCGUCUCAAAAUGCUCAACGUCCCAACUCUUGUUAUCGACCGCGAGGAUCGCGUGGGAGACAACUGGCGGCAACGCUAUCGCCAGCUCGUGCUGCACGAUCCCAUCUGGUUCGACCACUUGCCGUACAUGGAGUUCCCGGCGCACUGGCCCAUCUUCACCCCGAAAGACAAGCUGGCCGACUUCUUCGAAGCGUACGUCAAGCUCCUAGAACUCAACGUGUGGACGAAAACACAGAUCACGUCCUUGUCAUGGGAUACUUCCAAGAAACAGUGGGAUGUCACGGUUGAGCGGCAGACUGGCGACGGCGUGGAGAAGAGAACUUUCCACCCGCGCCACAUCAUUCAGGCUACAGGACAUUCGGGCAAGAAGAACAUGCCUGCGAUCAAAGGCGUGGAUACCUUCAGAGGCCGCCUCUGCCACAGCUCGGAGCACCCAGGUGCGCAGCCGAACGCUAAUGGAAGACGCGCCAUCGUCGUUGGUUCAUGCAACUCGGGCCAUGAUAUUGCUCAAGACUUUUACGAGAAUGGGUAUGAUGUGACUAUAGUGCAGCGCACCUCUACAUGCGUUGUCAGUUCGAAGGCCAUUUCUGACAUCGCUCUCGCCGGUCUAUACUCCGAGGCUGCCCAAGCUCAGAUUCCUGUCGAUGACGCAGAUCUUAUACUCUGGAGCAUCCCCACAGCCCUACACAAGGCGCUACAAGUGCAGGUCACUCAGCUAUCCAACGAGCAUGAUCGAGAUAUUCUUGAAGGCUUGAAGAAGGCGGGCUUCGGGCUCGACAUCGGUCCCGACGGUGCCGGGCUGUUCUAUAAGUACUACCAGCGAGGAGGUGGAUACUAUAUCGACGUCGGUGCAAGUCAACUUAUCGUCGAGGGCAAGAUCAAGGUCAAGUCCGGACAGGAGAUCGUCGAAGUGACACCUGAGGGGAUUGUCUUGGCGGACGGAUCGCUGCUGCAAGCUGACGAGGUUGUCUUUGCCACAGGAUAUCAAAAUAUGAGGUCACAGACUCGAGUCUUGUUCGGGGACGAGAUCGCGGACAAGUGCCGGGACGUAUGGGGCUUCGAUGAGGAGGGCGAGUUCAGGACAAUGUGGCGCCAAAGCGGCCACCCGGGCUUUUGGUUCAUGGGUGGCAACCUAGCCUUUUCGAGGUAUUUCGGAAAGUUUCUCGCCCUUCAGAUCAAGGCUUUGGAAGAGGGGCUGGCAACUUACUCGGCGAAGUAG